GGAACAUGUUGUCCACUUCAAGGUCAACUUGUUAGCACUCCUAGCACUACGACUGUCAUUGUGCCACGUCUUGAUGUCCCCGUCUAUGCCAACAUGUCACAUUAUGCUUGCAUGACAGGUUUCCCGGAGUCCUAAGGUUUCAAUGCCUGCCUGAGCAGAACUACAUUGGGUUACUGCAGGCGGCGUAAUCGCAAUCGCGCUCAGGCUCUCGACCCGACCGACCACUGACUGGGGCCCCUACAUCUGGGCUUGAAGUGAAGAUCCUGCCACCUCCGAGUCGAAGAUGCCAGCGAAAACGAGGUUCACACGGCUUGACGCCUUCACCAAGACAGUCGAGGACGCGCGGAUACGAACGACGUCCGGGGGAAUUGUGACGAUAGUAUCGAUCCUCGUGGUGAUAUAUUUGAUUCUAGGAGAAUGGGCAGACUACAGAAGGAUAGUGGUGCAGCCGGAAUUGGUGGUUGAUAAAGGACGAGGAGAAAAAAUGGAAAUCCAUCUCAACAUCACAUUCCCCCGAAUUCCCUGCGAACUCCUCACCCUGGACGUGAUGGACGUAUCGGGCGAACAACAAAGCGGCGUAGUCCACGGCGUCAACAAGGUCCGACUAACCUCAGUCGCCGAGGGAUCACGAGUCAUCGACACGCAAGCACUCCAACUCCACCAACAAGCCGAAGUCUCGUCCCAUCUCGACCCAGACUACUGCGGUUCAUGCUACUCAGCGCCUGCACCGCCGAACGCCAAAAAACCAGGGUGCUGCAAUACAUGCGACGAAGUGCGCGAAGCAUACGCAGCCAACAGCUGGGCAUUCGGCCGUGGUGAAGGAGUCGAGCAAUGCGAGCGCGAAGGCUACGGGGCGCGACUGGACGAGCAGCGCCACGAAGGAUGUCGGAUCGAAGGAGUCAUCCGAGUCAACAAAGUAGUAGGCAAUUUCCACAUUGCGCCCGGGCGGAGUUUCAGCAAUGGCAACAUGCACGUCCACGACCUCAACAAUUUCUUCGACACGCCCAUCGAGGGCGGGCAUACAUUCACACACGAAAUCCAUUCACUCCGCUUCGGUCCACAACUAUCUGACCAGGAAGCGAAAUGGACAGGUGCUGAUCACCACCUCAACGCCAACCCGCUGGACGGACUGCGGCAAGAGACAGAUGAACCAGGCUACAACUUCAUGUACUUUAUCAAAGUUGUCUCGACGUCCUAUUUACCCCUUGGUUGGGACGAGGACAAGUCCAUCCAGCAGCAUUCCAGUCUAAGUGACUUGAUACCGCUGGGAAUGCAUGGCAAAGGUGCGGGCAGCCAGGGGUCCAUCGAGACACAUCAGUAUUCCGUCACGUCGCAUAAGAGGUCGUUGGCGGGCGGCAACGAUGCCGCGGAGGGCCACAAGGAGAGGUUGCAUGCCCAUGGUGGUAUUCCUGGUGUUUUCUUCUCUUACGAUAUCAGUCCGAUGAAGGUCAUCAAUCGCGAGGUCAGGCCGAAGAGUUUUGCUAAUUUCUUGACUGGUGUUUGUGCCGUUAUUGGUGGCACUUUGACUGUCGCUGCGGCUAUUGAUCGUGGCCUGUAUGAGGGCGCUACGAGACUCAAAAAGGUCCAUCAGGGCUGAGUGUGAGUGCUGGGCUGCCAUAGUGUGUGAUGAUGAGUGAUGAGCGAAGGUGAGAAGUGGAAAGGGAGAGGCGUUUCACGUCUGAAAGCAACGGAGGGGCUUUGUUUUAGAUAGUUCUUCAAAGAGAAGCCCAAAGAAAAUUUUAUCCAAGCGCGGCAUUGCAGUUGAAGAGUUGCCACAGAGAGCUAAAGAAAAAAGCUUGCGAGGUGGUAUUGUGUUGAGCAGAGCUGUGUUGAGAUUUGGAUACCUAGGUGCUAGUACUGUCACACCGCAUUGAUACCCAAGGAAAGCGAUCAGAGUAGAAGUCGUUGGCGAGUUGAGAUUAUGAUGAGGGCCGACGGCCUUUGAAAAGCGAGCUAUGGGGUAAAGAGAUAGGAUAGACGAAGCUUUUGCAUCUUGUACCACUACUACCUAGGUACGAUACUCGCCAGCUGAGGCUCUUUUAUUUUGGUUAUUAUUUCGCGUGAACGAUAAGGCUCAUCGAAAAUUCUCACUGAAUCAUAAUGUAUUCAGCUAACUGCGGACUACAAAACUGGUAGCUUCUAUGCCUACCGAAGCUGCAACUGCACUCCAUGUGCCGGUCCACUUUUGCC